AACAAGGCCUACACACAGAGAGAUGGCCACCACCAACACCCAAUUCACAACCACCUUAGCCGCUUUCCUUAUCAUCGCAGCAAUCACGGUUUCCCAUGACGGGUUGGUGUCGGGCCAGGGAUGCCAAGCUGACUUGCAGAAUCUCGUAGCGCAAUGUGCAAUGUAUGUUCAAAGGGCCGGCCCCAAAUUGAACCCAUCCCCCUCAUGCUGCAGCGUUGUUGUUCAUGUUGAUAUUCCCUGCAUCUGCAACUACAUCACCAGUGGCAUUGAGCGGGUGAUUGACAUGGAAAAGGUGACUUAUGUUGCUGGAUACUGUGGCAAGGCCCUCGCCCCCGGGACCAAAUGUGGAAGUUAUACGGUUCCUGGAAGUGCUGAAGGUGAAGAUGAGGAAAACGAAUUCCCUAUUCCCAGUGUGGGAAGUGAUGAAGUCCCUGUUCUCAGUGUGGAGGAAGAAGAAGCUCCUAGUCCUAGUCCUAGUCCUAGCGUGGCCGCGGACGAUGGUGAACCGCCAGAGGUUAUGCCUUGGAUGCCUUGGAUGCCAUGGAUUAUACGUGGCCCUAGGAAUUAAUCUCCGAGCAUCAAGAAAAAGAUGCUUGUGGAAACCAAAAAAGAAAAAGAAAAAGAUGCUUGUGAUGAAAUAAACAACGUCUGCUUUAGUCAUGUCAUGUGUGGAGAAAAAGAAUCUGUAAUGACUGUGAACAACGUCAGUAAAAUUAUCAAAUAAUA